AUGGCAACGGCAAGGCCAGGAACCUCCCGACUCCGGCUUCCCUUCACUCCCAAUGUUGACGAAAGAGACGAAAACGAAGCCUACAUUCUUCGCCUCCAACUUCCUGAAUUCAAGAGGCAGCAAGUUACGGUUAGGGUUGAAGAAGGGAAGCGAGUGGUGAAGGUCACCGGGGAACGGCAGGCAGGGGACAAUCAAUGGUUCCGAUUUGAUGAAACUUUCCCAAUUCCUGAAAUUUGCCUAAUCGACAAAAUUUCUGUUCAAUUAAAGAAUGGAGUUCUCUCCAUUAGAAUGAUCAAACAAACCACCGGGCCGGUGCCGGCGCCUCCACGGCCCAAACAUAACGAGCAAUUAACCCUACAAAAGGGGAGAGAAGAAAUCUCGGCGGUGGCGGCGGUGGCUGUAAAUGAUUCAGUUAAAGGAGACUCCGGCAAGGCGAAAACGACAUUGGAUCAGAAAAUUAGUAGCGCGGAGAAGAAAGAAAUUGAAAAUAAAAAAGUAGAAAAGAGGAAGGAUUUGAAAACAAAGGAUGUGGGUAAGAUUAAAAAUGAAGAAACCACCAUGAUCAGCACCGGGACUCCAUUUCCGGGAGUGACAAGUGUCGGAAGGUUGUCGUUACCGGCAAUGGUAAGUCUAGCGGCGGCCAUUGUGAUUGCAGUGGUGGCAAAUUUCAUAUAUCUUUUUCUCCUUUAA